UCCCCCUUCCUCGUCUCCCCCUCUCCCACAAGUUGCCGCGACUAAAGUUUCUCCAUCUGAACCUAGGUUAAAGGCGGCUUCUUGUUAUUGAAAUUGCUUGUGUAACAUUAAGGAAAACUAUUUUUCACCAUUUUCCAACACUUCGUCCUUCUUAACCGUUUCGGAUCAGCUGACAAAAAUUGUUUGGCGCCUCAUCUUUUAUUUAAUUUUACAUUUUAUUUUGCCCCGUAUUUUAAAGGAAAUAAUCCUUAAUUCAUAAGUUGGCUGAAGUAAAUAGAAAUGUCUACACGUCGAAAAGACAUUUGGAAGCUGCUGUACAACUUAGUUUCUCGCGAUGGUACAGAUUUGAAUGAUGUAUUUGCAUUUGUUGAUGACAUCCUAUGCCGCGAGCCCUCGCUUAUACGGCCCUCGUUACGCGAACUUAAUAAUCGCUUUCAGGACACAUUUGUACUAUGGAUUAUCAACAAAUUUGUAAAAGAAUUGGGCCAAUCGAAUACCAGUGACAAUGCCAAUAGCUUUAGUAUUGAGGGAAUACACGACCGUAACAUCCAACUGCAACAGAAAAUUAUUCAUUCUUGCUUAGUAAAUCGAGCACUCUUAUUCGAGCGACUUGUGGCUGCUUACGUGAAGGCCAUUGAGCAGCUGACGAACGCAUUGCAAUUGAUGGACGAGCAACGUGAGACGACGAAUAAAGUAGAUUCAGAUCAAAAUCGAUGUAUUGAGAUUACCGCAUUCUUUAGCGAGGACAUGUGUUUGCGUGAAAUCGAUGCAAAUUUUUCUUUUCAUGAUAUACGCAUUCCACUCCCACAAGUAGAUGAACGUGUUCGUUCCCUAUUGCAAGUGCUUCAAAACGCAUCAUCUAUUGGAUAUUCAUUAUUUCCUCAGUUGUUUGCUGACUCGCUGCUUAGUGCACUGCAAGCAGUACGCGAAUGUGAUUUAACUACCAAGCUAAUGGCGUUGCGUUACUGCGAGAGCAUCUUUUCCUCGGCAUGUGGAUGCACUGAAGUUUUGGAGCACUAUAGUCAACUGACUAUGCAAGCAAUUGCUUUAAUAUGGGGACAAGUGCCACUUUGGUUGCAUGCACACUGCAUGCGCCUCCAGGAACUGGACGGUUUGGCAGAAGUGAGCAAAUCAAUAUUGCGAGCGCUAAUGCGAUUCGGUAACCAGUUUCAAUGGACUCGACGAGCCUUGACAAUGUUGGUUAUUAGUAUACUGUAUAAUUGUGCCGAAUUAGAGACGAAAGGUUGGGAUCAAAACACUUGCCAAAAAUUAAAGGAACACAUUCGCGUUCUUGUGGAAUUUAUAAUAGAAUUGCCAUUGAAAGAGGGAGAGGAGGAAGAGAUCUUAAAAGAAGCCGACAAACUCAUUUUAUUAUCAGAACGAAAUGAAAGUGUGUUACUGCUAUUGGCUGUGAUUCUGGCCCAUCGAUGUGAGCAAAGUUCAGAGCGAUUACGUGUUUUGAAGUUCUUCAAGCAAAGUAUCUUUGGCAUUCUAAAUAAAUCUGAACUUAGUGUGGAUGAUCUGAAGCGGUUUAAGCCGUUGUUGCGAGCUUUUAUAUACGCCGAACAUCGCCGCUGCCAACGCAUGCAAUUCAAUGCAAUGCACAAGUAUUCUAUGAACGAAGUCUUACUGGAGGAAUACUAUAACAGUAUAAAUUUAUUUGCACCGAUAGAAGACGCGGACUACCACAUAGAGCUAGAUCGGAUUGUUUCCAGAUACUAUGUUAGUUCAAGGUUUGCAAGCCCUAAAGAAUUCGAAAUUUCAGCCUUGUAUAUUGAAAUUACAGCCCUAAUCAUGAGCAGUAUAAGUUUGAGAAGCUCGCUAAAUACGAGCACUCAAACAACGUUGCUUAUAGGUAUUAGUGACUGGCUGUACAUCACAACGCAAGAACGGCGACCUCCGCGCUACUUGCAAGUACUUGCUUUUGAAUGUCUACGUGCUCUUGUAAGCCUAAAUAUAGGCGAAUCCGAUGAAGUAGUAAAUUUUUUACGUAAUCGGUAUGAGGAAAUCAUGCGUUACCUCUUCGUCAAAGAACCGAUAGUCGACUCCGUGGAAUUAUUGACUAGAUUGCGAAAGGCUUUCUGUGAGCACUUUCAUACUUUAAUUGCCUGCGGCUGGAUAUCCCUGGAGAGUGUGUUGCGUGAUUUUGUUGUCGCUGUGGAAGAUAUGCCAACACUAUUGGUAUCUAUGCUACGAAACUCUUACUGCUCGGGGGCUGGUGCAAGCACGUGCAGCAUGUUUCUCCGUUUGUCGCCUUGGGCCACAUCUGACGUUCCCUUUCAGGAGCAUGUCAUUGUUUGUCGGCUUUGUAAUCCUAAUGAGUGCACAUCAUCUGCGCAGGUAGAAGCGUAUAUGCGCGCACACAAAGCUAUUUUGGUAAGGUGUAAAAACGAAGGCAACAACCUUGCAAGUGGGCGUAAAACCCAUCCUCUGCUGCCGGCGGCAACACGUCGCAAAUUGUGUGAAACUUUGCUGACACAGCACAACUCAGAUUUUACACCAAUUGGUCGUCACUUGGAAUUGUCGCGCAUAAGCCCAGAAGACUUGUUGACUGUCUUGCAACGGGCUCAAGAUGUAUCUCAGCUGAAUUUGCAGGUAUUGCAUUCACUCAUACCACAAUUGAUUGCGAUCGGUGGGGAGCAAUUUACCAUGAAAUUGGCAAAGUUCAUAUUGCAGCAUACGCAGAAGACACUGCAACCACAACCUGCAACAACCUCCACGUCUGCGCGACUAUCAACAUCGGAUAUUUCGAAGCGACAGAGCCAACUGAAAAUACUGGAACUGAUUGCCUGCUGUGCGCAUAGCGAUAUAAGCGAAAUGUGGCUUUUUCACUUUUUCAAACUGACUUUCUUUUAUCUUUUGCACCCGCAAUCCAUGGUCGUGCAGGAGGCUGUGCUAUGUGCGACAGAAAUGUGUGCUAAACAUGGUUUGCAGCCUGUGCGCUUAUGGAAUUGGUACAAACGCGAUGCGCUAACUUUGUUGGUACAGCUAGCAGUGCAGAUUUUCUUGCAGAAUGGCGUGCGCUUGACACGUUCAUUAAAAGCGUUCACGAAAAUGUUAGGCUUUUCCUGCGUACAAGAAUUUAUUUGUCGGUACUACCGACUUUUGACGACAAUGAUUCUGCCAUAUUCCGUGAAGGAGCCACUCUGCAAAGGACUUCUUGUGUGCAUUUCGAAAGUGACACGCAAACCCAUAUCAACGAUUUUCGUCGCCUCGUUCCUUCGCAUCUAUACACAUAUCUAUUUGACAGAAGAGGUAGAGGUGGGCAACAACUGCAUUGAAUUGAUACUUAAAUGCACCGAAUUCAGUCUAAAAAAACUGAUGAAUACGGAUGUAAAGCAAACAGUCUCCGAGUUUCUCAUCUACUUCAAUCGCAAUCCUCAGUUCGUUAUGAAGGCAUUUCAGUGUUUACUCUUCAACGAUGGUGGUAGCUCUCGCGCUAUAGCUUCCGACAGCAAAACUGGUGCCAUUGUUCAAUCUGAAAGUAAUCACACAAGUGAUUUUGCGAAAUUUAUAGCCGAUCGCUUCUUGGGCGUAAUCACCUACUUCGAGACUUGCCUUGCUGAACCAACGUUCGAGAAACCGUUAAAGGAGGAGGCACUCUAUAGUCUCGGGCAAAUACUACGUUUUGUUGGCGCUAAACAUGUCACACAAUUCCGUUUUAAAAUCAUCGCCAUGUUGAGUUUUGUUUUAUCACUGCAGGAUCGUCACUUGCAGGCAAUCUGCUUAAAGAUCUGGAACAUUUUCCUACAUAUUGUCAACAUUCAAGAGUUGGGCCCGUCGCUGAGCCGCAUUGUGGCUUCACUGCAACCACUGUUGAUGCAUAGCGAAGUCGAGGUGAAUGCCCUCUAUGAGUUUGUAAUACUAAAGAAUGACAGCUUGCUGGGCGCUUACAUUCCCGACUUAUAUUUCGUGGAACAAUUGAAGGGAGUUACGCCUGCUAUACGUCAGUGCGUUGCCCGCCAAACGGAGAUAUUGAAAAGUGAGCGCUCUACAUUGCUCGACAAGAUUGCGUUUCUUUACCGGCAAAUCACCAAUGAAAAUUCGCAAGUGCGUAUUUAUGGUCUCACGUAUUUGCGGAAUUUCAUUGCUACUCAUCGUGCCGAAAUUAACCAUAUGGUGCUUAGCGAAAUGGUCAUCGAUCCCUUAAUUGAGAAUGUAGUAGAUACACUCGUGGCUGGCUGCAAGCACGAAGACUCCAAUUUGCAGCUUUCAUCGGCAAAGUGCCUGGGUGAAUUGGGCGCCAUUGAUCCCAGCUACAUAACUACUAACUAUACAUUCGAGCAGCGCGAUGAUUUGCCGCUAAGUGUACACACAGAUGGAUUUGCUAUAAUGGCACUUACCGAGCUCUGCCGCGCAUAUCAAUUCCAAAAGGACACAAAAUAUGUUGACAAUUUUUCCCUGGCUAUACAAGAAACCCUAGCGGCUUGCGGCGUGUCGCCGCUUGAGAAUAAAAAGUUGAAUGUCUGGGAGUCGAUGCCAGCGCGCAUGCGGCAAGUGAUGGAGCCGCUGCUUACAUCUUGCUAUACAAAUUCACGCCGUGAGAGCACUUGUACCGAUCAUCCAAUCUUUAACAGCGGUUACUGUCGCAGCUACUCAGAUUGGGCAUUCAACUGGGCAGCACGUCUUAUUGAUUUUGUGCAAACGGAUGAAACCAAACACUUGCUGAAUUCCUACAAGCCGAGUAUCAAACGCGACAGCAGUAUAUUGGUCACAUUUUUCCCCUAUAUACUUUUGCAUGCAUUGCACGAUGGCACAGAUUCGCAGCGUCAAAAGGUGUAUGAAGAAUUCGAAACGGUUUUCAGCUUCAGCAGCGUAGGCAUCGUUGAGCAACCAGUCUAUGAGGCGUCUGGACUGAAAGAGUUUGUCUCCGCCAAGUACGCGGCUGAUCUUGCAUCGGUGGGUGAAUUAGCGAAGAGAACGGGAUCCGGUCAGGUAAUGCAAUACGAUGCGUUGGAGCACAUUAGUCGCACUUGCACCAAACUCUGUUCAGAACAAAUCGAUUUCCUGCAGCGUUGGGUGCGUGAGUGGCAGCGUAUCAACAGCAUUGGUGCCAAAGCGAAUGAAGAAGACAAUAAUUAUAAGAAUGUGCGCGAUUUUCUACGCCGAUUUGACAAACUUCUAAUAGCAAAGGCGAACUAUCAUUCGAAUGAGUAUGCGCGGGCGCUUAUGUACCUCGAAGCAUACAUUGAGGAGGCGGACUCACAACAGCGGUUGCAGGACCAAAUUUCAUUUUUGAUUGAAAUACAUGGAGAACUAUUGGACGCCGAUUCUGUUGAAGGUGCCGUAUAUGUUAAAAAGAGCAGCCUAAGUCUUGGCGAGGAGAUCAUGGUCAAUCGCAUCGUAGACCGGCCACAAGAGCUGCAGACAUGCUACGAGCAGUUGAUGUGUAGCGAUGAGCCCAUCAGCCAGGAGCAUAUAAAGGGCAUGAUCAAUUGCUAUCUGCGCAUGGACACGCCCGAAACAGCACUGUUGAUCACAGAUGGUCUGUGGCAGAAACUAACUGACCACUACACUGACGACUACUUUAAAGAAUGCAAAUCGGAGCUAUUAUGGCGACUUGGACGCUACGAUGAAUUGCAGGAGUUGCUCGAAGACUCCGUGGUGCGCCGUAAAACGUUCAACUGGAAUAUUCAAUGUGCCGAGGCAUUUCUACUUUAUAGGCAGCCUAUCGUGCAUGUACAGACGCCAGAUGCACCUACAACAAUAACCGAUUUCACUCUACGUUUGGAUGAGAUACGUCGGAACGUGUUGUCGACUAUACACAUCUGCUCGGGCGUUAAGCAGAAAUCCUACCCUCAUUCAUACGAAGACGUCGUAAAACUCCAUUUGCUCAAUGAGAUGGAGAAGAAUAAAGAGCUUACGCAUCAAGUGAUUGCCAGUUUCGGGGUAGAAGCAAAUGCUAGCCAUUGUCUCACAAGCGUGCGUGAUUUCUUCACCGAUUGGGAUAGGCGUCUGUGUGUGUUGCAGCCUGUGGUGCGCGUGAUGGAGCCAAUACUGUGUUUCCGUCGGAAUCUUCUAAUUGAAAGCAAGCGUCUUCUAUCUGCGCAAUCAGGAGGAGGCGCCGUCGAGGUGUUACGCCAAAAUGUCACUGACGCCAUUGAUGCCGAAAUUGGCAAGCUGUGGCUGCGCAGCGUCCAGAUGUAUCGCGAAGCUGGAAGUCUGCAGCAAGCGCAACUGUGCAUAAUGAAAGCGGCGGAGUACGCACCAAAGACGCUUUUCAUUGAAAAGGCCAAGCUUUUGUGGCAAAAAGGCGAUCAGACUCAUGCCUUCAAGUUGCUUGAGGAGCAGCUGGAACGCAUCGAAGCACAGUGUGGACGUAAUGUGCGCACACUCAACGCUGUGGAUCGCGCGCUUUAUGCGGAAGCGAAAUACUUGCAGGCGACAUACAGCGCCGAAUCAAUGAACAGCUGCGCCGAGUUGAAUUUGCGCUACUUUCGCGAAGCCAUUCUUGGCAAUCACAAUUCGGAGAAGUGCUAUGUGCAGUUUGCGCAAUACAUGGAGAAAAUCUAUGAAUCGUUCUCGGCAGAACAACAGCACGGCGAUACAGGUCGCAAGCUGUUGCUCGAUAUUAUGUUGAAUUAUGCCAAGUCAUUAAAGAGUGGCUGCGAAAAUGUGUACCAAUCAUUACCACGCCUACUCAGCAUUUGGUUAGAUUUCACUUCGCGCAGUGCAUCCAUGUCCGAGGCGGCCACAGGCGAUCCAGCGCUCACAGCCAAGGCGAACAGCAUGCAGGAGCUGGCUAACAAAAUGAACGAACUGAUAAACAACUGUGCCAACGCCCUGCCAACGGCUAUAUUUUACACAGCUUUCUCACAACUGCUCAGUCGCAUUUGUCAUCCGUCAAACGAAGUUUUCGCCGUACUGCGCACCAUCGUUAUUAAGCUGCUGGAGCAUUUUACACAGCAAUCUUUAUGGAUGCUGUUGCCUAUACUUAAGUCGUCACAAACGAAUCGGGUGAAGCGCUGCAAACUGAUUUUUACAGAUUCGCGUCUGGCCAAACCAGCAUUCCAAAAGCAAUUAAAUGAUUUCAAUAUACUAGCCGAACGCCUAAUCGAGCUGACAAACAAGGAUGUGGCACACGAUCGCACUUAUGAACUGAGCACGCUUGUCAAACAACUACCAAAAUUGUUUGAGGAUCCGAAAUUUUCCAAUAUUUUGCUGCCAUUCGAAAAGUACAUGCAAGCAUCGUUUCCACUAACAUCCACUUCAUCAUCAUUGGACAUAAAUCUGUCGCUGGGAAACAUUGAGAGAUCAUCAUCAUCAUCGUCGUCGUCCUCUUCCUCAUCAGCGGCGACGUCGAGUCCUUUGUCAGUGCCAUCAAAUCCAUUUCCCUACCAGCAAAUCUAUAUUUCCGGUAUUAAGGAGGAAAUAGUUGUGUUGCGAUCGGCUGCUAAGCCGAAAAAGAUCAGCAUUUUAUGUAAUGAUGGAAAAUGUUACGAAGUCAUGGUGAAACCGAAAGACGACUUGCGCAAAGACUUUCGAUUGAUGGAGUUCAAUGGGCUGGUUAAAAGGUUUCUGCAUCAAGAUUCACAGGCGCGUCAUCGCUGUUUUCGUAUUCGCACCUAUGCUGCCAUCCCCUUUAAUGAGGAAUGCGGUUUGGUGGAGUGGCUCCCAAAGUUGAAUUCUUUCCGCGCUAUUUGCAAUUCGGUGUAUCGCAUGCGUGGCCUAGGUUUACCUGAUCGCAUGCUGCGCCAGUGCGCGUUACCCAGAACUGAGUCGCUAGAAAAGAAGCGUAGCGUAUUUCUCGAUACGCUUCUGCCCGCCCAUCCGCCAGUAUUUCAAGAGUGGUUGCGUCGUCGUUUCUGCACGCCGAACAGUUGGUAUGAGGCGCGAUGUGCGUACGUGAAAACUGUUGCAGUCAUGUCCAUGGUUGGCUAUAUACUCGGACUGGGCGAUCGGCAUGGCGAGAACUUGCUCUUCGACGAGACAAAUGGCGAUGCAGUGCACGUAGACUUCAAUUGUCUUUUCAAUCAAGGAGAGUUGUUUGCAUAUCCGGAAUUGGUACCCUUCCGUCUGACACAUAAUAUGGUCUUUGCCAUGGGUCCGUUGGGUGUUGAAGGCAUGUACCGACGAUGCUGUGAGAUCACAAUGCGGGUGCUGAAAAAGCAAUCGAAAACGUUAAUGUCUGUGUUGAGACCCUUCGUCUACGAUCUAGUGGCAUUGAAUCGCAGUUUUAGUGGAAAAAGUAAACCCUCAUUGGAGCUGACCGAUCCGAAGGCAUUGAUGGAUGUUCGCCGCAUUGAGGAGCGACUGCAGGGCUAUGUGAAGCGCACUCAGGCCAACAGCAUGCCGCUCUCAACGGAGGGACAAGUGAACUACCUCAUAGCUGAGGCUACAAGUAUUGAUAAUUUGGCAGCCAUGUAUAUUGGCUGGGGUUCCUAUAUAUGAAAUUUAAAUUAACGAAUAAAUAUAUGUUUUGUUUUUGUAUUGAAUUAGUUAUUAACUAUAGGCGCUUGCAUAUUUUGCAUUUAACGCCCGUUUGUAUGUUAAGUUUUUUUUUUGUACUGCCUGAGAUUUAGGA